AUGUCCACACCUUCAUCCGGUGAUGAGAUUGCAAAGCAAACUCUCGAGAGCGUCUCGAAAUCCGUCGAAAAUGUUGGAAAUACCAGCCUUGUCGACCCCUCGGAUGCGCUAAGUUUUCCCGAAGGUGGUUUCACCGCUUGGGGCACAGUGCUGGGCGCCUUGUUGAUCCAAUUCUGUGGCUUUGGAUAUAGCAACGCUUACGGUGUCUUCCAGGGCAAGCAUAUAUACUUUUAUACUCAAACAUACCUAACCAAUUCCACACCAUCUGCAAUCGCCUGGAUAGGAAGUGUUAAUGUGUUCUUGGGUUUAUCAGUUGGCAUCGUAUCAGGAAGGAUGGCCGACCGAGGGGCAUUUUACCUUGUGAUGAAAAUCGGCUGUCUCCUCCAAUGCUCCUCCCUCUUUUUAUUGUCCCUGGCGAAACCAGAUCAGUACUAUCAAGCAAGUCCCAUUUCUAUAUUCCUUUCUCAAGGCAUCGGUAUGGGUAUUGCAACAGGCCUUACGAAUGUUCCCUCCUUCACCGUAGUAUCGCAUCACUUCCAGCGACGCAGAGCUUUUGCGAUGGGAAUUGUCGCCACGGGGAGCGCUCUGGCUGCAAUCUUGCACCCCGUCAUGCUCAACAAUCUUAUCAAUGGAAGACUCGGCUUUGCGAACGGUGUCCGUGCAAGUGCGGCCCUGAGUGGUGGCUUGCUUUUCAUCGCAAAUCUUUUGAUGCGAACAAGGCUUCCACCGCAACCAAAGAUCGUUAGCUACACCCGCGUUCUGCAAAAUUCGUCGAGAGAUGGUGCUUACAUUUGUGCUUGUGUAGGGAUGGCUGCUUUCGAAUUUGGAUACUCUUUCGAAAAUUUUUAUAUCCAGUUAGAUUCUACCCUGCAUGGUCUGAGCCAAGGAUUUUCGUUUUAUUCUAUCACAAUUCUUUAUUGUGGUUCUUCCAUCGGAAGACUUACUGGGAGUGUUGUCGCUGGAUACGUAGGCAUCCCGAACACGACCAUUGUCUCUUUAUUAAUAUCCUCCGCCGCACUAUUUGCAAUGAUUGGCUUGCACUCGGCCGCCAGUGUAGCUGUUAUAGCUGUUAGCUAUGGGUUUUUUUCCGGAGGCUUUAUAGCAAUGAUGAGCCCGUUGAUAUCGCAUCUGACUCCUGAAUUCUCACAUAUUGGCGCACGGAUGGGAAUAACGUAUGCAAUAUCUAGUAUCGGAUCACUCGUGGGCACGUGUGCACCGAUUUGUGGGAUUGUCCUGACGUCGCAUUACAUCUGGUGGAAGGCUGCUAUCCUUGCUGGGGCGAGUGAUUCAUCUGGCGGCUGUAUCUUGUUAAUAUUCAUGCAGGUCAUCUUGAAGAUGCGUCAAAAGACUUCAAGUGUUUACUCCAAGGAAGCUGGUGUCUGA